UUUUUUUUACAUUUGGUUGGUUUGCCCGAACAGUGAUUAAUGCGUUUCAAUUGAAAUGGCUGAAAGUCCGGCGUGAGAGCGCUCCAUUAUAAUUAAUGUCUUCGGUGUGCUCGUGGACCGGGUCGCGGACGGCUCAGAUUCGCGCUCAGUGAUCUUUGAAGAUCUGACACUGAAAAUAGGGAUCUUGCCGCGAUUGCCAUCUGACAAGAUCAGAAUAGCAAGUGUGAUAAAUCGGUGCAAACUUUUUUGGCGGCGCCUGCCAGUUUGAGAAGGGGGGGCUGUGCGCAUGUGCGAAGGUGUCCAAACUGACAAUGCUGGAGAGAUAGCGAGUCCGGAUUGAGAAUCAGAGAGUAAAGAAGGACAUAGGAGAAAAAAAAACAAAAGGAGAAAAAAAGAUCCAAGAAGAAAAAAAUAACAUACUCAAACAAACCAACCCUGCGCCGAAAGAGCCGGCACCAUGAGGUCCAAAGGCAGGGCUCGGAAGCUGGCCACGGCAGAUAGCGGAGACUUCUCCCUUCUUCCCUCCGACGUUCUGGACGACAUGGGCGUAGUCGACGGAGAUUCCACUCUCAUCAAGCCCGUCGUCGCCGGGAACAACCUUCCCUCCCCGGUUCUGUCGGGCGAGGUGGGUUCCCCGCUUGACGACGACUCCCCCUUCCAGGCCUCCAUGUUCCUCUCCGAGGGGGAGGGGGAGGCGGCGGGAGCCAUGCCCGAGGUGGAGCUGCGUGAGUCGGGCGCGUGGCCGGAGACGCUGGGGGUCUGGAGCUGCAGGAGGAUGGAGGUCGGCGAGAGGCUGGGGCCGUGCGGAGCGGAGAUGAUGGGGCUCGCGCAAGCACACGACUGGGAGCUGGAUGGGGAGGCUCAGGUGAGGCUUUGGGAGAACCGUGGAGGAGACAGCAGGAGUUGGCUCAGGCACAUCCAGAUCUCCCCAUCGCCCCGGCAACACAACCUGACAACCUGCCAGCUUCAUGAUCAGAUAUUUUAUCGUGUGACUAGAGAGAUCCAACCCGGUGAGGAGCUGCUGUUGUUCAUGAAGGCAGAGGAGUUUCCAUGUGAGGCCAUGGCUCCAGAUAUCCACGAGGAGAGGCAGUAUCGCUGCGAGGACUGCGACCAGCAUUUCGAGUCGCGCUCGGACCUGCUGGACCACCAGAUGCAGCCGUGCGGGACGCCGCCUUCCGGCCUGACGCUGUCGCUGGGGGAGCAGGGCCUGGCCAGCAGCGCGGGGGAGGGCAGCGAUCCCGAGCCCCCCCACCACCACCUCCACCGCACACACACUCUGCACGAGCAGGACGACUCACCGCACGAGUGCAGGGAGUGCGACCAGGUGUUCCCCGACAUUCAAAGUCUGGAGGCUCAUUCCCUAUCCCACUCUGAGGAGAGAGAGUACAAGUGUGACCAAUGCCCCAAGGCCUUCAACUGGAAAUCCAACCUGAUUCGCCACCAGAUGUCCCACGACAAUGGCAAGCACUACGAAUGUGAAAACUGCUCAAAGCAGGUGUUCACGGACCCCAGCAACCUGCAGAGGCACAUCCGCUCCCAGCACGUGGGGGCGCGGGCCCACGCCUGCACCGACUGCGGCAAGACCUUCGCCACGUCCUCGGGCCUCAAGCAGCACAAGCACAUCCACAGCAGCGUCAAGCCCUUUUCAUGUAAGUCUGUCAGAGCCCACAAACGCGAAGUGUGCCACAAGUCCUACACGCAGUUCUCCAACCUGUGCCGCCACAAGCGCAUGCACGCCGACUGCCGCACGCAGAUCAAGUGCAAGGACUGCGGCCAGCUGUUCAGCACCACCUCCUCGCUCAACAAGCACCGGCGCUUCUGCGAGGGCAAGGCCCACUUCCCCUCCGCCGGCCUCGGGGGGCUGUUCGGCGCCGCCCUGCCCCUGGGCGGGCACCCGGGCUCCGACAAGCCCCAGUUGGCCGCGCUGGGUCACGCCGGCGCCGGAUUGGCCGACUACUUCGGCGGGCGGCACCACCCGCACCACCCGCACCACCCGGGCCUGACGUUCCCGGCGGCGCCGUCGUUCCCGUUCGGCUUCCCGGGGCUGUUCCCGUCCGGGCUGUACCCGCCGCACCCCAGCGGCCACCAGGCGCUCUCGCACCGGCCGCCGGGACUGGUCAGCCCCCCGGCGUCGGCCUCCUCGCCCGGGAAAGAGCGCCCCCUGCUGUCCCCGAGCGCGUCUGCGCUGCACCAGCACCAGCAGCAGCUGCUGCGAGGCUCGCAAAGCGGCGACGCGGGGUCCAAGCGGCGGGACGAGGGCCGCGGAGAAGACGGGUCAGCGGGACUCCUCCGCGAGAGGGGCUCGUCCUCGUCCUCCUCGUCCCACCCGCGGCGCGCCAACGGCAAGGGCAGCGACCAGUCGGAGACCAGCGACGACGUGGACGACGUCAGCACGCCCAGCGGCAGCGAGCUGGAGACCAGCUCGGAGGCGUCGGAGCCGGACAGCGAGGGCGAAGGGGAGCGGGAGGCGGACGCCGCCGGACGCAGCGUCAGGAGGAGCAAGUCGGCCAACGGCGGGAGGACUCCGGCCAACGGCGCGGCCGCGGGGCUGGCCGGACUGUUGCCGCCGGCGGCGCUGGACGAGCGGUCGGCGGUUUCCGGGGCGGUCAGCGACUCCAUCAAGGCCAUCGCGUCCAUCGCCGAGAAGUACUUCGGCUCGGCCGGGCUGGCGGGGCUCGGAGGGGGAGCCGCGGCGGCGGCCGCCGUCGCCGCUAGCGACAGGAAGCUGGGCGGAUCCGGGGCCGGCUCGCUGGCCUACCCCUCCGUCUUCCCGCUGUCGCUCUUCCCGGCGUUCUCGGCCGCCGCGUCCGUGUGUCCGCCGUUCGCCGCCGCCGAGCGCGAGGGCCAGGCCGUGCCGGCCAGCCCGGGACUGACCCCGACGACCACCGCCGUCGAGUCGCCCUUCGACCUCAGCACGGCCCGGCGCAAAGAAGAGCGGCCCGCCAACGCCGAGGCCGCCCGCUCCAGGGCCGAGACACGCCCACAGCCGGCCGCCGCCGCCGCCGCAGCCAAUCCGGACCAGCCGCUGGACCUGAGCCUGGGCGGACGCAGUCGCACGCGGCCCAAGGCGGGAGAGGAGCCGAAGAGGAGCGGUCACUUGUACGGAGCAGAGGAGCGGUCGGAGAUGGCCGCGCCAAAAGCAGACUCGUCCCUCCAGCACGCCAGACCCACCCCGUUCUUCAUGGACCCCAUCUACAGCAGGGUUGAGAAGAGGAAGGUGAACGAUCCGUUUGAGACGCUGAAGGACAAAUACAUGCGCCCGGCCCCAGGGUUCCUGUUCCAUCCCCAGUUCCGCAUGCCGGACCAGAGAACAUGGAUGUCGGCAAUUGAGAACAUGGCAGAGAAGCUGGAGUCGUUUGGCUCUCUGAAGCCGGACGCUGGUGACAUCAUGCGCUCGGUGCCCUCCAUGUUCGACUUCCGCGCCCCUCCUGCCACGCUGCCCGAGUCUCUGCUGCGCAAAGGCAAGGAGCGCUACACCUGCAGGUACUGUGGUAAAAUCUUCCCCCGGUCGGCCAACCUAACCCGUCAUCUGAGGACACAUACUGGAGAACAGCCUUACAGGUGUAAGUACUGUGAUCGCUCGUUCAGCAUCUCGUCCAACCUGCAGCGCCACAUCAGGAACAUCCACAACAAGGAGAAGCCCUUUAAGUGCCACCUGUGUGACCGCUGCUUCGGCCAGCAGACCAACCUCGACCGGCACCUCAAGAAGCACGAGAACGGCAACCUGUCAGGCACAGCCAUGUCGUCGCCCCGGUCUGAGCUGGACAGUAGCAGUGCCAUCCUUGACGACAAGGAGGACUCCUACUUCAACGAGAUCCGCAACUUCAUCAGCAACUCUGGCCAGAGACAGACCUCCCCGCCACACUCCGAGGAAGGGGUCAACGGCGGCCAUUUUGAGGAGGACAAAGGCCCGACCCCUGGCCGAGAGUCAGGUGACCUGGGGGAAGAGGAAGUGGAGGAGCCUGGAGCUGAGGAGGAAGCCGGGGAACAGAGCGAGGUCGCGGGCAAGCCUGCGGACGACGCGCUCCCUAGCAGCCUGGUCGACGACAAUGACGACAACGACGCCGCCAUGCAAGACGAGAUGGAUUUUGAGGCGACCAACGAUCUGGAGCUCAACUGCAAAACUUCCCCAAGGAGGUUUGAGGAGGAGGAGGAGGAAGAGGAAGAGCAGGGCUCAUUCUCCGCUCUGGAUCACAUCCGCCACUUCUCCGACAUGCGCAAGAUGGACGACAGAGAGUUCGGUGACGGCGAUGUCACCGGGUUCGGCUCCAGCCGCCUCUCAGAGGCUGUCAAGCAGCCGCUUUAUAGGAAGUCCAAGUCCCAGGCGUAUGCCAUGAUGCUGUCCCUGGCUGAUAAGGACCCACUGCACGCCGGUGCCCACGGCCCCUCUGCCAUGUGGCACAGCCUGGCGCGCGCCGCCGCCGAGUCCAGCGCCAUCCAGUCGCUGAGCCACGUAUGAGGCGCGCGCCACGCUCCCUCGCUCCGUCACGGCGAUGACCUCUGACCUGCCGUCUCUCACCUCUCCUCUUCCAGCCUGACCUCCUGCACCCAUCCUUGACCCCGCCCCCCCUGUACUCCUACCUGAGGCCCAGCCCAGUACCCCCCCCCCCCCACAGACUGCUGAGCAGAUAGGCACACACACACACACACACACACGCACACAGGCUCUCUCUCUCACAUACACACAGGCACGCCACAUGCUGUCACCCAGACUCUGACAAAUACAUACACACACGAACCUCGCAGACAACACACACCCACACACACAGAGCAGACACCACAGCAAAUGUGACCUUAAAGGAAUUGAUUAAGUGACUGAUUAAUUGAUUGGUUUGUUGAUUAGAUCAUAUGAAUAAUGACAAUGAUGAUAGCAGUGCUUAUGAUGAUGAUGAUGAUGAUGAUGAUGAUAGUGAGUAAUAAUAGGUGUAUUUAUUCUGUUUGAAGUUUCCAUGUUUUGCACAGCAAAGGCAGCUGGUGACUAGAAGGGUAAAACUAAAAUAAGUUCUUAAAAUGUUGGUAUGAUGUUGUAACGUUAGCAUCUCCAUAGAGAUAGUGAUUGACAAUUAUGAAAAGAGUCUUCCACAUGAAAGGAUCAGAACGAUAUUCAUUUGUGUCCCCCCUCCCCCCCAAAAUGCACACACACACACACACACACACACACACACACACACACAGCCUCAUACAUAAAUGCACACCCAUACACACAUUAAUGGAGAAAGGGUGUGUUAAGAAGCAUUUCUAGUGUCCUUUCCUGUAAGUUCCUGUAAAAGAGGCAGAGUGAGACUUAACAGUGACACACUUAUGGGGCAUUUAAAUAAAGACUCAUGACUGAAGCCACACAGCUUUUCAGACACCAGAACAGUAGCAAGUGGAUAUAUGAUGGAAAAAUGCUUAAAAUGGAAAAAAAAAUCUCUUUAAAAGAAACUAAUUUUGUUGUUGCGACAAAAUUGAUGUAACACCACUUUCUUUUUAAAACUUUAGAAAUUAAAAAACAAAAAGACAACCCCCUCUCCCCCCAGUUGUAAGAAAGAGGAGACGAAGAGACACAUUUAGCACCCUUUUCUGUAUAGGUUGCGUCUCUCUCUUCUGAAUCAUUUAGCUGAGGUUCUGUGGAGUGUCAACAUGAAGGGCAUUUCUUCACUAGUAUGUACAACCUCACCCCUCGUUUCCUCUCUUAGCUUCUCCAUGAUACCACUACGCCUCCCGAUGCUCACUGUUAGCUGCUAGUCGUUAGCCACUAGCCGUAGCUAACCCACCGUCUUCUAUCCUUGUGUGUCACAUUCCAUCCUUAGACAAUCAUCGUUCACUUUUUUGUGUAUUUUUAGACGUCUUUCUUCCUUUUGUUCUUUGUUUUCAUUUCAUUUUUUUUUGUCUUAGGUCAGUCAGUCGCUGUGGUCGUUGGUAUUUUCAAAUGUGUAUGUUUUUAAAAAAACUACAAUGGUAUUUAUUUUAAUUAGUUUUAUAUAUUUCUUUGUUUUUGUUUUGUUUUUUUUGCAAACAGUUAGUCUGUUUACUGAAUAGCACUGUUCUUAACCCCCCCGCCCACCCCCCCCACCCCCUUUCCUCGCUACUCUGACUCCACUCUAGAUGAGCUGUGGAGGCUUAGUUGGGUGUGUGUAUGUGUGUGUGUGUGUGUGUGUGUGUGUGUGUGUGUGUGUGUGAUGGGGGGCAGUCUAGCUCUUACUCCGUGGAUGUUUGUAGGUCUUUGCUCCCAGUAUUCAUUAGUCAUUCAACUCCCCCACCCCCACCCCACCCAAACCCUUCUAUGUCUCCUUCUCCUUCUCAUCACCUGAUUGAUGACAUAUAGAAACGAUUACAUAGAGCUUCUGAUUCUUUUUAUAUGACAGAAAUUGAGUUGAUUGUACAAAAGGAAAAAAAAAAGAAACAAAAAAUCUGAAAUAGGAGGGACGUUAUUGUAUUUAACAAAAAAAAGAUAUCAGAUAUCAUCUUCAUAGUCGCAUGAUUGGUCCAGUUAGCGCUGUUCUCCGCCAUUUUGUUUGCCUUUUUCGCGGCCGUCAGCAAGCUUGUGUGAUGUUCUCUGGGUUACUGUCUGAUCCUUUGUGCCAAACCUAGAUGAUGAAGCCGUUUCUGAUUCCCUGCGUUCGUGUCUUCCCAGAAGUCCAAGGACCGAGCCUACUUCCUGUUUGUCUGUUUGUUUAUUUUUUUUUUAUUAUUAUUAUUAUUGUUAUUAUUAUUUACCAUUGCCUCUCUGGUUUGUUUGAUUUGGUUUAAGUUUUUCGUUAGCAUUCCUGUUGUUGUUGUUGUUGUUGUUGUUGUCGUUGUUGUUUAUAAUCCCAUUUUUAUGAAAAAGAAAUCCGAUCUGUAAGUGGAGGUACUUUGUUUUAAUGCUUUCUACAAGGUAAAUGUAAUGCGUUUCAG